AUGGAUUCGACAACAGUUACUUCGGGCACGGUGACGGCUUACGGAACGAACCCUCGGCGCAGAAGGCCGCCCGUAUCUUGUUCUCUUUGUCGUCAACGGAAAAUCAGGUGCAACAGAGAAGACCCUUGUAGUAACUGUGUCCGGAUCAAGAAUGGAAAGUGUGUCUACCAAGCACCCCAAUCGCCGCGACAGCAGCGCAGCGGGCGGAAUGCAAGGCAAUCAUCACAGUCGGGAUCUAGCCACCCGUCUCAACCACCGCAUGAAAGUUUGAUCAACUUUGGGAGUUCUCCUACUGAGACCAGACCUACGAUCUCUAGCGGAGCUUCGCAAACGGUACCUAAUGGCUCAACGCCUCCGACUCCGGCCAGUCAAUCUUCCGCGCAAGAGGUCGAGAGGCUAAGGACCAAGAUACGACAGCUUGAAGCCCAGCUGAAUCGGUCAGAAAGGAGCCCUUUGGAGUCUUCUGUCCCAACUCCUGUUUCUGACUUCGAGACUGUACAUUCUCACUUGGCCGGGACGUUCCAGAUCCAGAAUGAAAGCCAUUCCUCAAACCAAGGUCAAACGAUUAGACGCAGCUUUUUUCACAAAAGAAGAUUCUUUGGUCAAAGCCACUGGAUAAGCAGCAUGUCGCUGUUUCGUGACAUCGUGGUAUCGAUAGAGCCACACUUGAUGGAAGAGGGCUCAAAGGCCCUUGUAGGAUUACAGAAGUGCAAGCAUCUCGGACGCAAAAUUAAAGCUCAGCGUACACCACAAUGGCCCGUACCAAUCACCCGGGAUUUGCCCCCUAAGACUUUAUGUGACGCACUUUUGGACUGCUAUCUUCGAACCUUCGAGAAAGUAUACAGAGUGUUACAUGUGCCCUCAUUCAAGAGAGACUAUGAGGCAAUAUGGAGUUCUGAACCGCGACUUGAUCCCAUUUUCUUAGUCCAGUUGAAAUUGGUGCUUGCUAUCGGAUCCACGACUUAUGACGAUGAACUAUCGCUGCGCCCAUCAGCGAUUCAUUUCAUACACGAAGCUCAAACCUGGAUCUCUGAGCCCGAAACCAAAGCACGACUUGGAAUACCCUUCUUGCAAGCACAAAUUCUUCUCCUUGUGGCCAGGGAACUGUUGAACGUAGACGGAGCGAUGAUUUGGGUUGCAUCAGGCGCAUUGGUUCGAACUGCUGUCUACAUGGGACUGCACAGAGAUCCUGUCCAGAUACCAAACAUGUCAAGAUUUGCAUCAGAAAUGCACCGGAGGUUGUGGAACACAAUUCUGGAGGUUUGCCUCCAAUCAAGUAUGGAGUCCGGCGGUUCUCCGCUCAUUUCCACAGAAGAGUUCGAUACGCAGCCACCCGGAAACUUUGAUGACGACGCGAUCUCUGUUGAAGACUUCAUUCAACAACCAGAGGAUCAAUUGACAUCCACAUCGAUCGCGAUCGCUUUGCGGAAGACGUUCCCAAUUCGACUAGCAAUAGCCAAAUUUUUGAAUGAUGUUACCUGCCAAAGCUCAUACGAAGAGGCCCUUCGACUCGAUGCGAGGCUCAGAGUCGCAUACAAGGAGAUGCGUCGAUCCAUUCAGCUCUAUGGCCUCGCACCUACCGAAUUUGAAAUCAUUAUGCUUGACUUUGUUGUUCGUCGCUACCUUAUUUCAGUGCACAUUCCAUUUUUCGGGCCGUCAUUUCUCGAAACGAUAUAUGCCUUCUCCAGGAAUGUUGUGGUCGACACUGCGGCGAAAAUAUUCAACAGCGCUUCUAAACCACCCAGUCCAAACUCUGAAUCAUCCUUGGAUCAGAGCAUACUUUCGCACCAAAUCGACUUUCAGCGACUGACCAGGUGCGGGUCAGGUUUCUUUCGAACAGCGCCGAUGCAUUGCAGCUUUCUCAUAGCAGUGGAGUUAAGAAAUCAGGUCUUGGAAGAAGAGGGUCUUGGGCCUGUCUGCCUAAGACCUGACUUGAUGUCUGUGAUCCAAGACGCUAAAACGUUGAGCCUAAGAUGUAUUGAAGUCGGAGAAACUAACAUCAAGGGCUAUCUUUUCAUGUCGCUUGUGUCCACUCAGCUUGAUGCCUUGAUGCAAGGGGUAGCGAGGGAGGAGAUCCCGAAGCGGAUGGUCCAAGCUGCUGAAGAUGCCGAAGAAAAAUGCUUGUCGAUUCUCGAGGGUAUUGCGGCGAAGGGCCAGAAGGGAAAAGUGCCAGGCUCCAUCGAGGCUGUCUCUGGAACCGCAUUCCCUGAUAUGGGUAACGAUUGGGAUUUCAUGAUGGAUGAUGGGAAUUUCAACUUCGCUGAUAUGGACCUUCCAAGCUGGAUGUUAGGUAGUAUACCAUACGGCAUACCUUGA